AUGGCGUCCGUCGAGGAGCAGAUCAAGGCGCUGCAUGACAAGAUCAAGGCGCUCAAGGUCGCGAAGCAGGAUGCGUCUGCGGAGAUUGCGGAGAUGAAGGCGCUGCAGGCGUCCAAGCCGAAGGACAAGAAGGCCGGCUCCGACUUCCAGCUCAAGGUGCCGAAGGGCACGCUGGACCACAAGCCUGCGGCCGCUCUGCUGCGGAAACGGAUCUUUGCGACGCUCGAGGGCAUCUUUGCCAAGCACGGUGCGGAGACGAUUGACACGCCCGUGUUUGAGCUCCGCGACAUCCUGGCGGGCAAGUACGGCGAGGACUCGAAGCUGAUCUACGACCUGGACGACCAGGGCGGCGAGAAGUGCUCGCUGCGCUACGACCUCACGGUCCCCUUUGCGCGCUACGUCGCCAUGAACGGCCUCACCAACAUGAAGCGCUACCACAUCGCAAAGGUGUACCGCCGCGACCAGCCCGUGAUGAGCAAGGGUCGCAUGCGCGAGUUCUACCAGUGCGACUUUGACAUUGCCGGCGCCUACGACUCCAUGGUUCCCGACGCCGAGAUCCUGUACAUCCUCUGCGAGGCGCUGAAUGCGCUCGAGAUCCCAGAGUACACCAUCAAGCUCAACCACCGCAAGAUCCUCGACGGCAUCUUUGAGCUCGCCGGCGUGCCCGCUGAGAAGACGCGUGCCAUCUCGUCUGCGGUCGACAAGCUCGACAAGCUCCCCUGGGCCGAUGUGCGCAAGGAGAUGACCGAGGAGAAGGGCCUCGACGGCGCCGUCGCGGACCGUAUCGGCCAGUACGUCGGUCUCAAGGAAGCUGAUAUCCCAGGCAACGCCCGCGACGUUCUCGCCAAGCUGCAGUCGGACGAGGCGCUCAUGGGCGUCCCCAGCGCCAAGGCCGGAUUGGACGACAUGGCGCUCCUCUUCGACUUCCUGGACGUGUACGGCAUCACGAACAAGAUGUCGUUCGACAUGUCGCUCGCCCGUGGACUCGACUACUACACCGGCAUCAUCUACGAGGCGGUCACGGACGGCUCUGCGCCGCCGUCCAAGGACACGGCCGCUGUGCCCGAGAAGGCGGCCGAGGAGGCCGACAAGAAGGCCGACGCGAAGAAGGACAAGAAGGCGAAGAAGGGCGGCAACGCCAAUGUGAACGAGGACGGCGUCGACGAGUCUGCGGUCGGCGUCGGCUCCAUCGCCGCCGGAGGACGGUACGACAACCUCGUGGGCAUGUUUGCCGAGGCGGCCGGAUCCAAGCGGUCCAACGUGCCGUGUGUCGGUGUGUCGAUCGGUGUGGAGCGCGUGUAUGCCAUCCUGAACGCGCGCCAGAACCAGGCCAAGGCCCGCUCAAAGGAGACGGACGUGUUCGUGCUCGCGCUCGGCGGCGGGCUCCUCCCGGAGCGCAUGAAGUUUGCCAAGAUGCUCUGGGACGCAGGCAUCAAGGCCGAGUUCAGCUUCAAGAACAAGCCCAAGGCGCCCCAGCAGUGGGCACAGGCUGACUCUGAUGGCGUCAAGUUUGUUGCCAUUCUCGCGCCCUCCGAGCUCGAGAAGGGCACGGUGCGCAUCAAGGAGCAGGGCGUCGAGCGCGAGGCUGGGCAGGAUAAUGGAGAAGAGGUCAAGAUGGAGGACGUCGUCAAGUACCUCAAGGAGAGGCUCUAG